UCUACCACUUCAACGAGCACUGAAUAUGUUUCAUCCAAAUCCAUGAUGACAUAUAAUAAAACAGUUGAUACAACCUUAUCACCAGGACGUAUUUCGUCUUCCAUGCAUUCCACUGCUUCACCAGGAGGCACUAAAAGUAGUGAACAACCACAACAGAAAAUAAAUGAUAGCAAACAAGGAAGUAACUCAAAAAUUAUCGGUGCAGUAAUUGGUGGACUACUAGGAGCUUGUUCUGUAGUUGCUUUGUUAGCUGUACUGAUAGUAUGUAAAGUAAGGUCAAUUGGAGUUUUUAAAGAAACAUCGAAACAAAAUAAACAAGAAACUAGUAAGAUGCAAUUUUCAAAAAUAGCAUAUCAAGAUUCAAAUAAUACAACAGAUAAAACAAGUACAACGUCAACAUCAAACGAGACUCACGGACUUGCAGAAAACAGUACAGCAGUAUAUGCCGUAGUAAAUAAGAUAAAGACACCGGGAAAUAUAAACGAUACCUACACUGAUGCAGGAUAUGGAGAAUAUGAUCAUUUACAUGAUAUACAAAAUCGAAGAAUUAGUCCACAAGAACAUUUGUAUCAUAGUCAUGGUGCACCUCGAAAUGAGGAUGACCAAACAUAUGAUAGUUCCGACUUCGGGAAAGGAAAAUGCAAUGAUGGAAACGGUUUAUAUGAUCAGUCGUUUUCAGUGAUUGAAGAGGAGUAUUCAUAUUCGACAAAUAAAAACCAUGACAACAGCAAUUCCAUCGGCAUAUACGACAAGGCAUCUUAACUACUUGUUUGUUUUUAAAUAACAUUUAACUUUUAUACAACAAAUACAUUCUUUCAACAUAUUUUUGGUAAACACUCAGCUUACAAAAACAUUAUCAAUCGAAUAUUAUAUGUGUUGUGGAACGUCUCUAACAAGUCCUAUCUGUUAUAUCACCCUGAUUAGAUGUCCGAGUUACAAAUAGAUUACACUUACAAAAUUCCAUCAUUAAUUAACGUCGUAUUUAAACAAAAUCAAGGCCCGUUUAAGAUAAGAUACUAGUAGGUACUUACUAGUAAUUAACAAAGGACGAUAAAUCAUU